AUGGGAAACAAACUUCAAAUCGAUUCGCCAUCCUCCUCGGAUGCAUCCUCUCCUCUUCAUUCCUCUCACACUGGAAUCGAUCCAGAGAAACGUCGUUCUGCCAAUGCAGCGAUCACAACUUCCCAAAUGACCUCAAAGGAUCCUUCUUCUCCAACGAAAACGAAAAUAUCUGCGUUUCCAUCAUCAGACCAAACCAUGUACCUCACUUCAGCUUCACUUAUUGCCAUGAAUCCUUCGUCGCCACUCGGAAUGAGACGCUUAUCAAAGAAAACCAACACUCAUGGUUCUUUGCCUCCACAGUCGUCUCCGCCCUUGUUUUUGGGAGAUGCUAUUUUUGAUACAGGUAAAUAUCAUGAACUCACUGAGGAAGGAACAAGUGUUACUGAGUUUUCUUCAGAGACGGAUCAGAAAAAGAUGAAUAUCAUCUUGUUGGGAUGUGGAGGAAGUGCUAAAACAACGAUAUUUAAACAAUUGAAAUUGCUAGGAAGACGAAGAAAUGAGUUAUUACAAUCAUUCUGGCAAGAAGGAAUCAUUGCUCCAUGUUUCGAUACCCUUAUUUCAAUAUUUAACAGAAAAAAUUUAUAUUACCCGAAUGCAGAAUAUAAAUGUGCAGAAUCUGAAGAGACUGAGCAAGCUGUUUUUGACAUGUUUGAUAGUAAGGGAAUCUUGAAUGUCACUCACUCUUCGAACGGAAAAUUGAUUCAACAAAUUGUAGAUAUGUGGAAUCAUGAGCCCAUCUUGAAAAAAGUCUACACAGAAAUGCUAUUAGAUAAUCAAGUCGAAUCUGUUGCAGUUGAAGAUAUUAAUUAUUACUUUUCAAGAGCUAUCAAAGUACACAAAGGAGACAAGGCUACAGAUAAGGAUUUAUUAAUUUCUCAACGAAAAACAACUGGUGUGACACAUGUGGAAUUUCGUUUCGGAGGAGGAAAUACUGUUGCAAACGUUUGGGAUUGUGGUGGUCAAAAGAAUGAAAGAAAAAAGUGGCCUAAAAUGCUAAGAGAGGCUGAAAAAUUGGGAGGAAAGAUUUUCUUUGUUUUUUGCGUAGCUCUUUCAGAAUACAAUCAACUUUGUUACGAAGAUGACACCACCAACAGAACAGCAGAAUCUCUCUCAAUUUUUGAAAACAUUGUAAAUUCUCCACAGUACAACGCUCAUCCCUUUUUCCUAGUUUUCACCAAAAAGGAUAUUUUCAAACAAAAAUUAAGAUACACCAAUCUCUCUGUAUGUUUCUCAGACUGUCCCGAAGAUUUGAAACAAGAUGAAGAUACUUCCAAUAUUAAGAGAGAUCUUAUUCAAAAUUGGACAGGUUUUCUUGAAGAUCGUCGAAGUGUCUCGGACGAUAUCUAUGAGCGAGCUCUCGAUUUUAUGAAGGAGAAAUUCUUAGCGAAAGUGCAAGAUCCUGUUCGUAGGAAAAACAUUGACAAGCAUAUUAAGGUCAUUAAUGCAAUGGAUGCCGAGGAUAUCAAACGAGAGCUGGUGGAUUGUCUUUUUGAACAAACCAUGAUGGAAUUUACGUAUCAAGACGACAUGGUUCAUUUCAUCUAG